UUAAAAUCUAUUGAGAUGAGUCACAGCAUGGCAAAUUUUGGUCCGCAAAAUUCUAGUGAUCAAACAUAGAAAUUCCAACCCCCCUCCGAAAAAUAAGGGUAAUACGCCAUGUAAUGGUCAUUUUUAGGAUGGCAAACCAAAAUAAACAAACUCUUAACAAAUCCCACGUCCCAUUCCCCCCCAUAUUGCCGCUGCUCUCCGAUGAUGAUGAGAGCAGCCAAUCACACCAACACCAACACCAACUAAUGCCGUCGUCGGCUCACUCUCUCCUCUUCGUCAUCUCUCUUAUCGUCCUGCUAGUUGUGGUCCCCACCUCUGCCCACCUGCACGAUUCCCAAAAUGUCACGGCCCCCCAUGUCCACGUCCGCCUAGGGGGAAGGUUCUUCCGUCACGUACGGCGGCACAUGGCAUUGUCGCGUCAGUUCGUGCACGCGCACAACACGGUGCGGCGACAGCUGAACCAACCACUGUUGACAUGGGACCGGGGCCUAGCCCGAUAUGCUCGGAGGUCAGCGUCAAGGCGGUUCUUCGACUGCAAGAUGGUCCACUCCUACGGGCCCUACGGCGAGAACAUAUUCUGGGGCGGUCGCGACCACUGGACAGCGGCUGAGGCGGUGGAGUCGUGGAUUAGGGAGGCGCAGUUCUACAACCCGGACACAAACGAGUGCACGCCGGGGGAGAUGUGCGGCCACUACACACAGGUCGUGUGGCGUGACACUCUCCGCGUUGGCUGCGCGCGCAUGCGAUGCCUCAACGGCGGUCUCCUCGUCUUCUGCGAGUACGACCCGCCGGGAAAUUACAUCAAUGAGAACCCCUUCGGUAAGGUCUUCGACGACAUUCUUGACCCGCCAGCCACUUCCGAUUCGCCCUUUGAAAAUCUUACGUAAAUCUUCAGUUUCAUUGGCAAGGUCGUUUCCUCUUGGGCAAACAAUAAAUUGUUAACUUCAAUUCAGGAUUUUGUAGGAAGAGGAAGAUAUGAUUGAGUUAAAAAGGAGUAAGAGCUUCUUGGGAUUACAUUAUUA